AUGGACUUUGAAUCACAAAACAGCAUUGAAAUGAUGGAUCACGAGGUUGAUGUUCAAGAUGCAAAUGUUGAGGGUGAUAAUACAGCUGGGUCAGCGUCUGCAAAGGUGCCAACAAAGAAACCGAGAAAGUUAGUAUCCAAGGUUUGGCAACACUUCGAGCGCAUUCCAGUAAAUAAGGAUGGAUGUAAAAUUCAAGCCAAAUAUAAGUAUUGUGAUCAAUUAUACAUGGCUGAUAGUAAAUAUGGCACUGGUAAUUUAAAGCGACAUUUGGAUGGAUGUGUGAGAAGAGAUACAAGGGAUGCUGGGCAGAUGAUGCUUUCAAAUCAAAAUAGCUCCUUAAGUUUAGAGCCUAAAUUUGACCAUGAGAAAUUUAGGGAGUUAUUGAUAGCUGCCAUUAUUAUGCAUGAUUUGCCAUUUCAAUUUACUGAAUGGCAAGGCAUUAGAGCUCUUCUUCUAUAUUUGCGUGCGGAUUUGAAUAUUAUAACUAGAAACACAGUGAAGGCUGAUUGUGUUAAGUUGCAUAAAAGGGAGAAAGAUAGAUGCUUGAAUAUGUUAAAGGAGAAUACCAGUAGAGCUAGUUUAACAUCUGAUUUAUGGACUUCUUUAAACACUGAUGGAUUUAUAUGUUUGACUGCACAUUUUGUUGACAAGAGUUGGCAUCUGCAUAAAAGAGUUCUAAAUUUUGGGUUUAUCCCACCUCCACAUACUGGAAUCUCAUUGGUUGAAAAAAUUCACACCUUUUUGAAGGAUUGGGGGUUAGAUGGGAAUUUUUUUUCAAUUACAUUGGAUAAUGCUUCUGCAAAUGAUGUUUGUGUUCAAUUUUUGAGAGAUCAACUGUCGAUAGGAGGUGGACUUUUAUGCAAUGUUAGGGAAAGUGUUAAGUAUCUGAAGGGGUCACAAGCAAGGAAACAAAAGUUUUUGCAGUGUGGUGCUCAAAGUUCUCUUGCAUCUAGAAGAGGUUUCAGGCAAGAUGUUCCAUCAAGAUGGAAUUCUACUUUUCUCAUGCUUGAUAGUGCACUCUUCUAUAAACGUGCCUUCAUGCACCUUGAGUUAAGUGAUUCUAACUACAAAUAUUGUCCAUCUAGAGAUGAAUGGGACAGGAUAGAAAAGAUCAAUAAGUUCUUGCAUGCAUUUUAUGAUAUUACUCGCGUCUUCUCUAAAACAAAGCAUCCAACUGCAAAUCUUUACUUUCCUUAUGUUUUUACUGCACAUCUGACAUUACAAAAAGGAUUGAAAAGUGAUGAUGCUUAUAUUGUGAAUAUGGCUGAAAAGAUGUUCACUAAAUUUGACAAAUAUUGGUCUGAAUUUAGUAUGAUUUUAGCCAUAGCUGUCAUUUUGGAUCCUAGAUAUAAGAUGAGUUUUGUUGAAUGGUGCUACAAUAAGUUGUAUGGUGAUGAUGGGGUGAACGAAUCAACAAAGGUGAAAGACAAAUUGGUUUCCUUGUUUAAUGAGUAUGCAAAUGAUGGAAUCAGAAACUAUUCAUCUAUUUCUUCAACAAGGAGGGCUGGAGAUGGUGGGAGUGAGACAAUUGAUGAAACCUCAAUUUCUGCUACAUCUAGAGAUGUUUUGAGUGAAUUUGAUACUUUUCAUGAAGUGAUUGUGCCACGAAAGACUCAACUUGAAUUAUAUUUAGAGGAUCCAAGGAUUGACAGAAGAAAUAUUAGCUUGGAUGUGUUAUCAUAUUGGAAGGCUAAUCAAUUUAGGUAUCCAGAAGUUGCUGCAAUGGCAAGAGAUAUUUUUGGGAUACCUAUUUCUAGUGUUGCUUCGGAAAGUGCUUUUAGUGUUGGAGGAAGAGUACUUGAUCAAUACCAAAGUUCACUCAAACCUGACAUAGUUGAAGCAUUGAUUUGCACUAGAAAUUGGUUAUAUGGAGAGCAAGAGCAAUUAGCAAUAGCUUUGGAAGAAUUGACAAAAGAUAUCAUGGACAUGAAUCUACAUUCAAUAGUUGAUCAUGGCGCUCAAAAUAGUUACUCAGUUGCUUGA